GUUCCUCACAGAGAAAUACAGAAGCAGACCAGUUUCUAAACGCCUCCUCGACCUGUAUUUUAACCCCAAGCCAUUCCCCAGAAGCUUUAGUUUGACACAGCUGAACACACAAGCGCACUUGCAGGAUGGCCGAUAACACAAGUCAGAACGAGGUACUGAUUGGCCGCGCGCCCAGCACGGAGAACGUGGGUCCCGCUCCGAGGCGGGCAUCAUCGGGAAACCUGAAGGUGGCAGGGCUGACCCUGUUGGGAUGUCUUCUGCUGGCCGGGCAGGCGGUCUCCACCUACGUCCUGCUCAACCAGCGCCAGCACCUGACUGAUCUGCAGGAGGGCACCAACACCCUCCGCCGCGAGCUGUCUCAGAGGACCAGCGUCUCCGGUGGUGCUGGCCGUGUGAUGCAGGUGCCUCUCAAUAUGCCCCUGCUGAAGGACUUCUCUAAGGCUGACGAGAAAGCUCCACAAGGACGCCGCAUCCCCCUCACGAAGCUCCAGAGUGCGAUCAAGACUGAUGUUGAGACGACCCCUGCUGGAGCCUCCGCCCUGGACACUAAGUGUAACCUGGAGGCGGGUGGGCCAGUGCACCCAGGCUUCUACAAGCCCCAGUGUGAUGAGGAGGGCCACUACCUGCCCCUGCAGUGCUGGCACAGCACCGGCUACUGCUGGUGUGUGGACCAAACCGGAACUGAGGUCCCUGGGUCACGCUCGCGCUUCACCCGCCCCACCUGCCAGUGAGUGGCAUCUGCCUGACGAGGAAGGAGCUUUCAUCGCGAUGACAAUCAUCAUCAUCAUCAUCGUCUCCUCCUCUCUGCUCUCCUGUCCUUUUCUUGUUUGGGGUCUAAUCACCAGCAUCUCUCCUCCGUAUCUCUCUGUUCAUCCUCUUCUUUGCUUCCGGGCCACUCUUGCGGUCAGGGGGCAACUGGGUGGGCAACCAGGGUGUAGAACCCAAGGCGGGGUUGGCCGUAGAGCUCUCUUGGGGACCCCUGCGUCCAGACGACCCAUCCGGAGAGGCCUUGGUAUCCCUGUGCUGCCCCCCCCCCCCAUCUCCCCUGCCAUGAGUGGCCUGGUCUGGAGGCCUGACUUCCCACCUCUGUAUGCAACCAAAGGCAUCUCCACGCUGCAGAUACUUAUAUAGUGAUAGAACUUUUCUGUCUUAAAGAACAUAUGAUACAUCACACACACUUUUUAACCUUUAGUUAAUAAUAGCGCUGUUCAUUAGAUCUUUGUGAAGUGAUUUUAGCCGAUAUAGGCGCUGCAUAUUUACCCUCUCUGACUGCGAGAUAAAGCCUGGAGUGCUCGCUGUGAGGCAGGCAGGAAGAGAAUGUGGGUUGGGGGAUUGAAUGUGAACCUCAAUGUGAAAUAAAGCGAGCCUCCAGACCA